AAAGGCACCAUCCUUCUCGAAUAUUCCAUGGUGGAAAAAAAUGUCUUCAUUUCUCUUCACUUGUCGUUCUACAUUGCCGCCGCAGCGAUCCAGGAAUAAUGGAAGCACACCAUCAAGACCUUGCAGGUAGAAGCAAGCAGACGGAAUGGAGUGAGAGAGUUCAGUACGUUACAAGUUCCCAACUUCAUCGCCGAAGACAUCAACGGGGGAGACUUAUUAGUCACCAAAUUCUUGCAAGAAACGUGCUUCGAACAAGGCAAGUAUAUGUAAUGUAGGACGUCCAGGGGAAGCAUGACGAACCUCACCUAGGUAGGUGCCAAGGCCCAGCCUCUUUCGUGACUAGAUGUUCCAGGACUUUACUCCCGAUAGUGUAGCAACAGCAGAGACUCCAUCUACCCGGGUUACUGCAAGAACUAGAUACAUCAUUAUUCAACAGAUGAUGAGUGCAAGGGAACGUGCAUUGUACAAGGCCAGCAGGACAUCCGGGGAGGAAGUAUAACCACUACGCCUAGGUAUCGAGUGCAAUCGACUGGAAAGACAUCUUCACGUAAAAAACCCAUUCGAGUCUCGAGCAUUAUAGCUCAAGUCCCCUACUGUCUAUACCAACACUAUUCACGACCUCCCUUUCCGUAUAAGUAUAAGGCACCUUAUAAAGACUGCCUCCUACUUACCAUUGAAAACACAACCCAACCCAGCAGCACAGUCAAACCACAAUAGCAACAAACCCAGAACUUCGGAAGGAAAACAACUACGCCUACGACAAUCCAAAGACUUCUCCACGCCGUGCAAU